UCCUAUUUGGAAGGAAAAGACAGCAAGCAUUCUCUCUGGUAUUUCUUUCUCUGAAUCUCUCUUUCAGCACUACCAUUUUACUCAUACAAACUCGCACAUUUCUGCGCUAACCUGAGCGUUUCUUGUUCACUUCUUGGCUGCAUGUUCAAGACUUGAUUGUUCUGGUUUUCACGUAACCUUGUUUAAUUUCUGCUUCCUGGCUUCCUUUUCCUUUUCUGUUCCCUGUCUGUGAAAAAAUGAAAAGCGAACGUCUGGUUGUUUCGGUAACAAAAUCUGUGGUUGGAUGCUGAUAACAUGGAGGACAAAGCAACAAAACUAUAUUUCUUUUCUUUUCUUGAUUUCCUUCUUUGUAAGAAAAAGCAGUAAGAUUUUUGUCGAUCAAUCCUCCUGAAUGGUAUCACCUCGGCUUGGAAGUGCAAGAGAUUAUCUUCUUUCUUUUUUUGUUGUCAAGAUUUCCUCGUUCACCCACACCACUUUUUUUUUUUUUCCCUUCUCUUUUUUGAGUUGAUUCGUCUUCAGUAUCUUUUUUUUCCUAUCUGAUACUAAUAAUACCUUUUAAUUCAGAGAUGGAGCACAUUAGAACUCCGUUUAGAGGCAUCCUAAACGAUGUUAGAGGAAGAGCAGCCUGCUAUAAACAAGAUUGGGUUGCAGGCAUUCUUUCUGGAUUCGGUAUACUGGCACCAACUACGUAUAUCUUCUUCGCUUCAGCCCUUCCUGUUAUUGCCUUCGGCGAGCAACUUAGAAGAGAUACAGAUGGAAGCUUGAGCACAGUGGAAACUUUAGCUUCUACUGCUCUUUGUGGCAUCAUACACUCAAUACUUGGUGGGCAACCUCUAUUAAUAUUAGGAGUUGCAGAACCCACUGUUUUAAUGUACACUUAUCUGUACAAAUUUGCCAAAGGAAGGGAAGAAUUAGGGCAAAAACUAUUCUUGGCGUGGGCUGGAUGGGUUUGCGUCUGGACAGCUCUUUUGCUGUUCCUUCUUGCAAUAUUCAAUGCGUGUGCUAUAAUCAAUCGGUUUACUCGAGUAGCAGGCGAACUUUUUGGCAUGUUGAUUGCUGUUUUGUUCAUGCAAGAGGCUAUCAAGGGCAUGGUCAGCGAGUUUGAAAUUCCCAAAGCUGAAGACCCGAAGCUAGAUAAGUAUCAAUUUCAGUGGCUUUACACUAAUGGACUUCUGGGUAUCAUAUUCACUUUUGGCCUUCUUUAUACUGCAUUAAAAAGUAGAAGGGCAAGAGCAUGGUGGUAUGGCACAGGUUGGUUUAGAAGUUUUAUUGCAGACUAUGGUGUUCCUUUAAUGGUUGUGGUGUGGACAGCACUUUCAUUUAGUAUACCAAGCAAAGUUCCUUCUGGGGUUCCCAGAAAACUUUUUAGCCCUCUUCCAUGGGAAUCUGCAUCCUUACAUCACUGGACUGUCAUCAAGGAUAUGGGGAAUGUCCCCCCAGCAUAUAUCUUUGCUGCCUUUGUUCCUGCUGUGAUGAUAGCAGGGCUCUACUUUUUUGACCACAGUGUUGCAUCCCAGAUGGCACAACAAAAGGAGUUCAAUCUUAAAAAUCCUUCUGCGUAUCAUUAUGACAUCUUGUUGCUGAGCUUUAUGACUUUGCUUUGUGGAAUACUUGGGCUACCUCCUUCUAAUGGUGUUCUACCACAGUCUCCUAUGCAUACUAAGAGCCUUGCUGUCCUCAAAAGACAGUUGAUUCGAAGGAAGAUGGUGGAAAGUGCCAAAGAAAGCAUCAAGCAGAAAGCUAGCAACUCUGAAAUCUAUGGCAUGAUGCAGGAUGUGUUCAUUGAAAUGGACAGCAGUCGAAUUACUACAGUAGUUAGAGAGCUGGAAGCCCUGAAGGAGGCAGUCAUGAAAGGAGAAAAUCCAAAGGAUAAAUUUGAUCCUGAGAAGCACAUUGAUGCCUACUUGCCUGUCCGAGUUAAUGAGCAGAGAGUAAGCAAUUUUCUGCAGUCACUACUUGUGGCAGCAUCAGUGAGUGCUGUGCCUGCAAUAAAGUUGAUACCUACAUCAGUCCUUUGGGGAUAUUUUGCUUACAUGGCAAUCGACAGUCUCCCUGGGAACCAGUUCUGGGAAAGAAUGCUACUUCUCUUCGUUACACCUGGCCGACGCUACAAGGUCUUGGAGGGGGUUCAUGCUUCUUUUGUGGAAUCAGUUCCAUUCAAAUACAUUGCCAUAUUUACAAUCUUCCAAUUCGUGUAUUUCCUAUUCUGUUAUGGUGUGACAUGGAUUCCGAUAGCUGGAAUCUUGUUCCCUUUGCCGUUCUUUGUUCUCAUCAGCAUAAGACAACACAUCCUUCCUAAGUUGUUCUGUCCAAAUCAUUUGCGGGAACUAGAUGCAGCUGAGUAUGAGGAGAUCACCGGAACCCAACGACUGUCUCUCAGCCUCUCUUUCAAGGAAAGAGAAGCACAUGUUCUUGGAAACGAGGAAGGGGAAGUGGAGAUGUGUGAUGCUGAGAUAUUUGACGAGCUGACUACCAGCAGAGGGGAGUUGAAGGUUAGAACUGUAAGCUUCAGUGAAGAGAAAAAUACUCAGGUUUAUCCUGAGGGUGCUGUCCAACCAGAAUGAGACGAUAAACCAUCUUGAUCACGACUAAAAAAUUUAAAGGAUGAUAAUGAAAAAUGAUACUUCAACGAGAAAAGAAUCCCAUCAUGUGAUAGUUACAG